GUCUGGUGUCCCGUGACAACCCGGAGCAACUCAUCAUUGCUCUGGAACCUGAGGCGGCAUCAAUCUACUGCCGUAAACUCCGCCUCCACCAGAUGGUGGACUUGAGUAGCCUGACCACUCAGAAUGGCUUCAGUCCCACAGACAAUGUUGGGAGUACAAUGACCCAAGCCUCUCCAUGCCAUGCCAACAAGGAGCAUGUUCGUCGCAACCGUCAAAGUCGCACCUUUCUGGUGGAAAAUGUCAUAGGGGAGCUUUGGUCGGAGCUGGAAGAAGGUGACCGUUAUGUGGUAGUGGACUGUGGCGGAGGGACCGUGGACCUAACUGUGCAUCAGAUCCGUCUCCCAGAAGGACAUCUGAAGGAGCUUUACAAGGCUUCUGGUGGACCCUACGGCUCUCUUGGGAUCGACUAUGAAUUUGAGAAGCUGCUGUGUCAGAUCUUUGGCCAGGAUUUCAUCGACCAGUUCAAAAUCAAGCGGCCGGCCGCUUGGGUGGACCUCAUGAUCGCCUUUGAAUCGCGGAAGCGGGCAGCGGCCCCGGGCAGGGCCAACCCCCUAAAUAUUAACUUGCCCUUCUCGUUUAUCGACUACUACAAGAAGUUCAGGGGCCACAGUGUUGAACACGCCCUGCGCAAAAGCAAUGUGGAUUUUGUUAAAUGGUCCUCGCAGGGGAUGCUGAGGAUGAGCGCCGAUGCUAUGAAUUCCCUUUUCAAGCCCACCGUCGACCAUAUCAUUCAGCACCUCGACGAGCUCUUUGAGAAACCCGAGGUGAGCGACAUCAAGUUCCUUUUCCUAGUGGGAGGUUUCGCCGAAUCAGCUCUGCUACAGCAGGCUGUCCAGAACAUGCUUCAGGGCCGCAGUCGCAUUAUUAUCCCGCACGACGUAGGCCUCACCAUCCUGAAGGGGGCAGUGCUGUUCGGUUUGGACCCCAGCAUCAUCAAAGUCCGCCGCUCCCCACUUACGUACGGCGUUGGUGUCCUCAAUCGCUUCGUCGAAGGCAAGCAUCCGCCGGAGAAGCUGCUGGUGAAGGACGGAACGCGCUGGUGCACCGACGUCUUUGACACGUUCAUCGCCGCCGACCAGUCGGUAGCGCUCGGUGAGAUGGUCAAACGUAGCUACACGCCAGCCAAGCCCUCGCAGCAGGUCAUCGUCAUCCACGUCUACUGCGCCGAGAAGGAGGCCGUGGGCUUCAUCAGCGAGUCCGGCGUCAAGAAGUGCGGGUCGCUUCGCUUGGAUGUCAGUGGCACGGAAAGCGCGGCCCCGCGCCGCGAGAUCCAGACGCUCAUGCGGUUUGGCGACACCGAGAUUCGGGCCAUGGCAGUCGAUGUGUCCACCGGGCGCACGGUCAAGGCUAGCAUUGACUUCCUCGGCCAUUGAGUACGGAGACGCAGAGCGAAUGUUAAAUGGCGCAGCUCUCAUGCACAUACAACUAGUAGAAUAUUUCAAAUAUUCUAAAAUGAGGCUUAGACACUUUUGGGCUAUUCGAUUAUUAAAUCAGGCCCAUCACUUAAACCAUUUACCCAAUGCUGGCAUCGUAACUGCCCAUUUAAAUGUACUGUUUAUGCUCGAUCUCUUAUUAGCUAAAUGAUAUCAUGACACGACAAGCGCAAAGUCUCAAAGAGAAAAAAAAAUACAAACACGGUCUGGUUUCAUUGGAAAAUAAUGCCGAUGCUUUGAAUGCGCCUUUGGUAUAACGUGCUCUGCAAAACAGCUUGAGUUGAAAAGAAGCAGAAAAGCCUUGUUGCCAAGUAUUCAUCAUGUUACUUGUCUUUGAAUUAUACAUUUACACUGGAUUUGUGUUUGGGUCUUUUGAAUGCCCCCCCCCCCCAAACUGGACUUGCGACUUGCCCACUUGGAAAGGCUCAAUAUUAGCGUGCAGUCACAUUUGUUUAUUCCUGUAUAUACAGUAUUUAAGUAUUGUACAGAUUUUUAGCAUUGUGUCAAUAGCUUUAGCUCGAGUAGUUUUCCGCGCGUGCUUUCACUUCUCGUAUCGAGCGCAUCGCCCGCAAACGCACGAGAGCCACCGCGAGACCAUUUUUUUUGCAGGACCAACAGGCCAUUCAUUAAUUGCGCUUCCAUUGUGUUGAGCAUGUCGCAACGCUCCGCCAGCUCGCGCGUUCUCAGCGUCCGACCUCUUCAAAAUUGAUCGGAGCCGGAAUUAAUACGUACUAGAAAUGUAACCUAUGCGGAAAACGGAAGCUCGAUAGCGCGGAUCAACUCACUUGGCUCGCUCUCCAUAACCUGCGUGUAAAGUUUCAAUGAAGGGUCGCGAAUGCUCCGAAUGCCCGCCUCCUCGACACCCCCCCCCCCCCCUGCAGGCCACUGUGAGCGCCAAGUGGGGCAUUAUUGGUUGAACGCGAUUAAUCAACAAUCAAUUCCAUAUAAUUGAGAUUCAUCCAUCAAUCGUUGCCCAACAAUCGGUCAAUUCAUUAUUAAGCGUCCGCGACACUCAGACACCGAUGCUGCAGUUGUUCGCAUGCCAACAUUUCACAUGUUGGGCGGGAACGUCAGCGGGUGAAUUCGAAGGGAACUUGUGGUUGCAGUUUGUGUUACUUGCCCCAAAAAAAUGGUGGAUGUUGUAGCACUUUUCAUUGCCUCCACUUUUCAAUCUGUGCCUUGAAAAGUUGUCUCCGUCAGUACAUAAACUUUAGCGAUGUUUUUUUUUUUUUUUCCCGCCAUAGUGUUGUACUUGAUGAAAGGGAUUCGACAAUUUCUGUUGGAGCUAAUUGUUGCUUAACAUGAACACAAAAAUGACUACAAGUCGAUUGUCAUUUGAAUUGACUUUGUUUCGCAAAUGCUGUAGUGCUUACUUAUGCUGGAAGUUGCACGUCAUUGGCUAGUAUUCAUUUCCAAAUGGAAUGUGAAAUGUUACUACCGCAGGUGUCCCACGCAUUGUUCUAGGCACUGGCACACGAAACUUGGAAAACAAUAUCGCAACUGCACGAAAGAACUUUUGCCGGCAACCUUGCGCUGUAGCGGUGUUCGUCAUGUUGUGCUUCUGUAUUGUUCUCAACAGUUUUGUCAAAGUUUUCCGAUUUGAAAUGCAAAUCAUAGCUCGUGGCACGCACGCGUGUGGCCGCCAUCGGCUGACCUUUUUUGCGCGAUGCACGCUUCUCCCAUGUGUCACAUGGGAGUGACCAAAAGAAAACCCAAGUUGACUGCAGUCACACAACCACGCUUCGCCGCCGGUGGCCCAUCGGAGUGUCGGGCUUCAUAAUGUGUGGGAAGCUGUGAGGCGGCCACCGCAUCACUCUACGCUGAUAAGCUAUUACAUUUCUUCAGAACACGUAUGCUCACACAAGUAAAUAUGAAGUGGGAUCAUGUAUUAAGACAAUUUCUAUAGGCUACAUGCAGUAUUUUCACUGUACAGGGUUCUUUCGCACGUGAGCCCUUUAGUUCGUUUUAAUCAAACUUAAGUCGCUCGGCGGUUCAGCAAACCUCGUUCCAUUUUUCUGACACUCGGAAUAAUAUAUAUAUAUAUAUAAUAUAUAUAUAGUAAAUCGUAAAAACACUUGACAUGGUUGAACUUAAGAGUCAUCUCAAUCAGUCUUCAAUCUACUAUUUGUUGUUCAUUUUUCAAUGGAUAUGUUUUUAUUAGAUUUUUUUUUUUUUUUUAAUCUCCAGUUGCUUCAUGUCUUUGUCCGCUAAUUUCACAUCAAUAAAAAUGUAUUCUAAGCAUUCGCUGCUAUUCAGCUUCACAUCAAUAAAAACAUGUAUAUUUCAAA